AUGUCGCGUUCUUUUCUAAUGGAUUCUCUGCUGCGGGAUGUACCGCUAACAAAAAAGGAUCCUUUAGGUUCACCAACUGCCUCAUCAUUUACAUCUGGGCAAUCAACAUCAACAACUAUAGGUGCGGCGGCAGCUGCAGCUGCUGCAGCAGCAGCGGCCAUAUUACCCAGUAUUCCUAUGUUCCCAUAUCCCGCUAGUUAUGUGGGUAGUUACCUAUUCUCUUUGGGUAUCCAACAACAGCAACAACAUCAUAAACAACAACAAACAGAAGCGGUGGCAGCAGUUGCAGCAGCAACUUCCUUGCAUCAUCACUCCAACUCCCAAGCUUCAGCAACGCAUUCGCCACUCUUACAAUCGUACACCGCAUCGCUUCUAUCGCAAAAAAGAAAAUCUCUGGGAUUUGACCAUUACAGCAGUGCCGCCCAAUUGCCUUAUAAUAGCCACACACUGCCCCACAGUGAUACCUUCUGUACAUCACCAUCAGCAUCUUCUACGGGAUCAACUAUUGAAUAUGGAAACUAUAGUGAUGAGACGCCGUCGGCAAAACGUUUCAAUCAAGACUCCGCUUCAUGUUCGCCCAUGAGUUCUCCUAACAAAAGUUGUAUGACUCAACCAAUAAAAAUCGUGAACGCCUGUUCGAAUAACCAGUGUUCGGUAUCUACGACUUCUAAGAUAUUAUACUCAAACUCCAACACCUCCGUCACAUCGUGUGGACAUACUAUGCCACUAGAUAUCACACCAGUGAUUACUGAUUACGCGGAUUCCAGUAAACGCAUACGUACCGCCUUUACCAGCACUCAACUGCUAGAGCUCGAGCGUGAAUUCUCCCUCAAUGCAUAUUUGUCACGGUUGCGACGCAUUGAGAUCGCCAAUCGAUUGCGUCUGUCUGAGAAACAAGUAAAGAUUUGGUUCCAGAAUCGGCGCGUAAAGCAAAAGAAAGGAUCGGAAAGUCCCACAUUCAAUUUUUCUGCCGGCAGCAUGAGCCCCACCUCGUCUUCGUGCGACAAGCAGUCACAAAGUCCUACCACAUCACCAUUCCGCACCAACAAAAAAUGUUGUUGUGGGAAGAAUUCGAAACUUGAACCGAGACAGGACGUCGAUUCUCCCACUUAUUGUCGCAACCGGUCCUGUGGACAAGAAAUUUAAGUACAAUAUAUAGCAGGUUAAGCGAAUAGUCCCGAUGUAAAUUGUAAAUAU